ACAACACAGAAUUUAUAAAUAUAGGUUUAGUGGGAUUGCUGAUUCUAGUGAAUUGAAACUCUUCAGUGUAAGCGGAUCAUCCCUCAAACAAAAAUGAAAUUAAACAUUGUGGUACUCUUUGGUCUAGUCUGUUUAGUGGCUUUAAGUUCUGCUAGACCAGCGGAAGAAGAUUAUGCAGAAUAUGAUGAAGAACCGGCACCUCCACCAAAGAAAGCUCCAGCACGAAGUUCCCUGAUUGGUAGACGCAAUCCAUUAGCGGGAAGAAACGCCAAAACUUCAACUACAGCAGCGCCACCCCCACCAUCAGAGGAAGAAGAAGAAGAACCUGUGGACGAAGAAGUGGGCGAAGAACCACAAGAGCAAACCAGUUCGACCACAGAAACUCCGAAAAAAUUCUUGAAAGGAGGAAUUGUGCGACCUUUCAGGAGUAAUGACGACUUGUUGGCAACCUUGAAACGUAGGAGGGAACAAGCUGCUCAUAACAAGCAGAAUAAUAAAGUGAAUCAGGCAACUGACGCCGAGGAAUCGGCACCUGCUGCUGUACAAAAUGAACCAGCAGCUAAACCGUCGAGGGCCUCAUCAGGAGGAAGGCGUCGAUUUAACAAUGCAAAAAGUAGCGAACCCGCUGCUGAGGAGCCAGCUACAGCACCCCCGGCCAGGACGGGAAGAAGAUUUAAUACUAGAAGCUAAUUAAUUAUUAAAUCAUAUAAAUGUAAAAUUGAGCUGUUAGUUGUCAACUGUACAAUAAGGAGAUAUUUUAUGAAGGAGAUAGUUAUACCAUAUGUCCAGAUAUUCGUAAGUAAUGUUAUAGACAAUAAUUUUCCUAAUAAAGAUGUUGUAAAUA